UCCCUCACUCCACUGUUUCUGCAACACGAAACAAUCAAAAAACGCAAUAAAUCUCACCCUACUUAUUGUAGUACAGCAAUGCAAGACAAUGAAGUCCACAUGAUCUCUUUGAUGCUUCACUUCCCCGAAAUCACCAACAAUUUAUUAUUAUUAUUAUUAUUAUUAUUAUUAUUAUUAUUAUUAUAUGUUUCUUCAUAUGUAUAUGUAUCGAUAUGGGCUUGGAGAGGCACCCUUUUCCUUAUCUCUACGGAUUUUCUGGUCGACUUUGGUGUUCUCUAUCUAAGGGAGUGACGAAAGGCCGGUGAUCCUCCUUAUUUUCGUUUCCUUUUUUUAAUUUUCUCAGAAAAAUUUCAAUUGUGUUGAGCUAUUUAAGACUAAUUUUGAAGCUUGUGAAUGCUGAAUUCACAAAUCUGUAUUUUGUCGUUUCUGGGUUGUUAAAGGAGGAGAGAGAGGUUGUUUUGGCAAUAUGAAGGGUUUUGUGUUAUGGGUUUUGUUCGUGGCGGUUGGGACAACUUUGAUUUUUCUUAGUUUCUCUACCGAAGGAAGGACCUCCUCUGUUCCUGAUAUGGCUUUAACUCGCCAUGGGGAUGGCAUGGCAGUGAUGGCAAGAAACAGGAAGCUGAAGGAGAAUGGUUAUGCUUCAAGCACUGACAAGAGCAAUGCAGGCAGUGUGAAUCUGGAGGACUACAAUCCUAUUGAUCCAGUUCCAAGUUCAAAAGCAUCCUUAAGGCCGGGACCUAUCCAGCAUGGCACUCCGCUUAUGCCUUAUAUCCCAAAGCCUUCACCUCCUGGUCACCCGAAGCCUGGUGGGUUUACUUAGUGUCUGCCUUAGAAUCUUUCUGUGUGAUUUGCUAUGCAUGAAAAGUGAAAAAUGUAAUAAAAUCGUAGUUGACACGAUGUUUGAACCAUUUGGUGUAUUGUAUCAUGUUUAUAUGCCUAAUGGAGCUGUGUCUUUUUUUUUUGUCUGUUUGUUGUGGUCUGUAAACAUAUGCUGUUUUUUAAUGUGGAUUUCUUUUCUUUUUGUUUGAUGGUA